GGCUCGGAAAUUCUCACCGGAGAAGCAGCGAGGUUCUUAGCAUUAUCUACGAGUCAUCUUCUCUGCUAGAUCUGUUGUGUAUGCUACUCGCGAUUUCAUUUUGAUUUUGCUCCAGCCAAUGCUGAAGGCUAGACUAAAAUGAGCGUGUCAAAAGCAUCGAGGACGAAUCAUUCGCUUGUUCCUCUUGCAACCCUGAUCGGUAGGGAGCUGAGGAGCGAGAAAGUAGAGAAGCCUUUUGUCAAGUAUGGUCAAGCUGCUCUCGCUAAGAAAGGAGAGGACUACUUUUUGAUCAAAACUGACUGUGAGAGGGUACCUGGUGAUCCAUCAUCAGCUUUUUCAGUUUUCGGGAUAUUUGAUGGACACAAUGGUAAUUCAGCUGCCAUAUAUACUAAGGAACAUCUUCUCGACAACGUGGUGAGUGCAAUUCCUCAAGGCGCAAGCAGGGAAGAGUGGCUUCAAGCUCUUCCUAGGGCUUUAGUUGCAGGCUUUGUCAAAACUGACAUUGAAUUUCAGCAGAAAGGGGAAACUUCAGGAACAACCGUGACUUUUGUUAUAAUUGAUGGUUGGACUAUCACUGUUGCUUCUGUUGGUGACUCACGCUGCAUAUUAGACACCCAAGGUGGUGUGGUUUCUCUACUGACUGUUGAUCACAGGCUAGAAGAGAAUGUUGAAGAGAGAGAACGCAUAACUGCCAGUGGAGGUGAGGUUGGAAGGCUCAAUGUAUUUGGUGGCAAUGAGGUCGGCCCACUACGAUGCUGGCCCGGUGGUUUGUGUCUUUCGAGGUCCAUUGGUGAUACGGAUGUGGGAGAAUUUAUUGUCCCUAUACCACACGUUAAGCAAGUGAAACUUCCAGAUGCUGGAGGGAGACUCAUCAUAGCUUCAGAUGGUAUAUGGGAUAUACUGUCUUCUGAUAUGGCUGCCAAAGCUUGUCGUGGUUUAUCUUCCGAGCUUGCUGCUAAACUUGUUGUUAAGGAAGCAUUGAGAACUAAAGGGUUGAAGGAUGAUACGACUUGUGUAGUUGUUGACAUAGUUCCAUCUGGUCAUCUUUCCUUGGCUCCAGCACCCAUGAAGAAGCAGAACGUAUUCACCUCAUUUCUUUCUAGGAAAAACCAUACGGAUACCAACAACAAAAAUGGCAACAAGCUUUCUGCUGUGGGAGUUGUAGAAGAAUUGUUUGAAGAAGGUUCUGCUGUACUUGCAGAUAGAUUGGGAAAGGAUCCUCCCUCACAUACGGAGACUGGGCUCUUAAAAUGUGCUGUAUGCCAAACAGAUGAAUUUCCGGGUGAAGAUUUAUCAAGCAAUGGGGGUUCCAUCAUUUCCUCAGCAUCUAAACGAUGGGAAGGUCCCUUUCUGUGCACAAUAUGCAAGAAAAAGAAAGACGCCAUGGAAGGAAAAAGACCAAGCAAAGUUUCAGUGACUACUUGAAGCCACUUGUCUGCAGGAAAAAAAAACAGAAUAUCCGGUAAGAAAUUCGUAUGUUUCUCGUUUUCUUAUCUACCUUCUUCUGGUGUGCUCUCUUGGUUUUGUGUUCUUUUCCCAGGAAAUGAUUGGAAAGUAGUGGUAAUAGUAGAAGUGUAUGCAAAUGUUUGUAGAGAGAGAGAGAGAGAGACAAUAGAUCCAAUUCUUAUCC